AUGACGCUAAAGGGGUGUCACUCUGAAGAAGAAGAAGAUUUCUACAUCAACACCUCAAAGAUGGAAAGCAAUAAUUACAGCAAUGUCACAUCUGACUAUGAUUAUAACUACACCGAAAAUGGUGACAGCAGCAGCUCCUUCUACAGCGACAGCGGUGAUGGCUUAGAAGAAUUCUUCUUAGAUGUAAUGGACUGCCUAAUCAUUAGUUUCGGCCUUCCUUUAAGUCUACUGGCCAUCUACUCUCUAUAUUCCCAGGUUCAAAAUACCAAUGUUGCUCCAAUCUUCCUCAUCAACCUCCUCAUCUCUGACAUCAUCCAGCUCUGCUGCAUGAUCGUCUUUGUGGCAGAACGUCUGAACUUUGAUAUACGUAUCCCCUUCAUUCAUAUUUAUGAAAUUGGUGUGCUCGCCAGUGUUGGCUUCAUGGUCUGUAUCGCCCUGGAAAGGUAUUUGGUCAUCGCAUGGCCACUGUGGUACCACUUCAGAAGAACCAUCAAGAUCUCUCUUGCAGUCUGUGUCGUGGUCUGGACCCUUCCUCUUCUUUAUGUCCUCCCUGUCUAUUUCUUGGUUAAAUUUGAGAUCUCAGAAAUUAUUUUUGCUGUCCUCCUCCUCAUUCCUUUCCCACUUCUCAUAUUCUUCUUGGGUGGGACCCUUAAAGCCCUGUCUGCAGCCAUCUCGGUCUCCUCUGAUGAAAAAAGACGAAUUGUGGGAAUGUUGGUCCUGGUGGUGCUCAUCUACACGCUGCUGUUUCUACCCAGAAUAAUCGUGUUACUGUCAUACAAAGCCCAAAGUAAUCAUGACUUCCGCAAACUGACUCUCAUGCUUCUUGAGCUCAGUCCUCUUGCAGACUUGAUUCUGUAUGUUUUCAUUAAGGAGACCAUGGACAAGCUUUUGGCCUCUCUGUGUUGUUGCAUAAUGGACAACAAUGAUAACAACAGAUCAUCAACAUGA